AGGAGGCGAGACACGGAGGAGAGUGCGGUGGUAAACCGAGGGAGGAUUAUGCGUGGUACGCGGUGAAAAAACGUUCGCUGUGCGCGGGUUCGUGUUGCUCGCGGAUGGUGUGAUGCGACGACGGAAAGAACGGGAGAAAACGGGCAGAAGCGGCGCGAGACAGGCGGAAUAAAAUAAGAAAACGGUCGUUCCGGUGGCGUUCGGUGACGGUGUUAGCGGCGGUCAAGGAGGUGGCGGUGGAGGAGGAGGUGGUGGCGUGAAAAAAAGAUGGCCGCCCCGGAACAUAUGACAAAGAACGGCGGGCGACCGCCGCGGCCGAACGGAAUCACCUCGAGACGCGGUCCCGUCGAUCUUUAAUAUCUCUGGACAGCGGGUGUCGUGGUGCAGUGUCGACUAUUGGCCCGGGAAGACUGAAGAGACGGGCAGCGAGCGAGGAAGGGAUCGGUGGCUAGCAAAAGUCAGUGAUCCUGUCAGCGAAGGAGCCAUGACUACUACGUGUAAAGAAUGGGCUCGAUCGCAUCGGUGUUGCAGUGGCAUUGCUCGGAGUGCGCCCUGAUAAACCCGACGGAGAGCACGCGAUGCGCCAGGUGUGGGAUCACGCGGCUUAGCAGCGAUGAGAGGGCGAACACCAGGCCACGGAGCCUGAGCUCGGCCCGAGGGGAGGACGACGACGAGGGAACGCGUAGGGACGACGACGGAGAGUGUCUUUCCUCGUCGAAGCUUCGCUUAGUCAGGCCGUCAAACCGGCAGCGUCGGCCGAGCAAAACCGAUCCCGUGCAUCGCUCCGAGGGGAAUUUGAAUUUCCCGUGCAAUCACUCAGCGAAGAGGCAGCACCAUGAUUCUUGGAUUAAGAUUAGUAAAAAAGAGCAGCAGAUUCGGCGAUACUCGUCCCUGCCGUCGUUGGUGACGCAAUGGACCUGCGUUCGUUGUCUGUUGGAGAACAGUUGCAGCUCCGGUCUGGUCUGCGUAGCCUGCGCCGCGAACUCCUCCCUGACCGAGGCCGAUAAGCGUCAGAUCGGCGCGCGGAAAAGCAAAAAGCUAAAUUUACGCAAAACUAAUCGUCGCAGAGCCGCGAACGAACUUCUGGCCAACAUUCUCGACGGCGUCCAUGCGACCUGUCCUACGAAUGUCGAAAUUGUUCACAAAGAUAUGGCACAGUUAACAAGUAUAAGCCGUAGCGAGAGGCGGCAGAAUCGAGAAGACUGGACACUGCCGCCUAUAGAAACCUUGGAGUCCGCCGCCACGCUUUCCUACACGACCAGCAGCACCGAUACACCUCAGCAUUCACCGAAAAGGCACAGUCCCUCGAUAUACGAACGAGUGAAAUCGAAAGUGAGCCGCUCGCUGUCGAACGGAUCCGUUGUACAUAAGUUGACCGAACACGCGAUCCAAAGGCCGACGAGUCUGGUGGUCUCGGAGUCUCAGCAGCACGACGACGCCCUGUGGAGUUGUGACAACUGCACGCUGGACAACGCGCCCGGUCUGGAGCAGUGCGAGGCGUGCGAGGCUCCGAGGAGCCCAGUGCCGUGCAGCGGCGUCGUGAUCAGCGUCCCCGCUUGGGAGCCUCGAGCUUUAUCUUCCGCGGGUCCUCUGUCUUACAGAAGGUCGUUCUCGGACGUCGAAUCAGUUACGAACGUGUCCCAGAAGAAGAUCGUGAAUCGUCGAAGCCUGAACGAGGACGAGCCGCCCGCGGUGCCGCCGCAUUCCGUCGGUUUCAGCACCCGGCCGAAGUACUCCUACAUCGGCAUCACCGAUCAUGACGUGCCGCCGCCGUUGCCAAAGAAGCAGAGUAACAAGCUCAGCCUCAUGGCCACGAAGGCGCACAGCGAGGCGACAAGUCCCGUCGGCGAUUUACCAAACGUCAGCACGCUGAAGCGCAUGUGGACCUGCAGGAAAUGUUCGUACGCGUACAACCCUCUCUGGUCUACCGGCUGCGACAUCUGCGGCUCGUCUCGGUCGCCGCCUUCGUUGAUGCAGCCGAGCUUGAUAACGGUUACCAAGGAUGAGACCACGUGCUCGAUGCACACGCAGUCGCCUAUCGUCGUUUCCCGGGACAGCGUGCGGUACAUCCCGCAGAAGACUGCCACGUUGGCCACGGCCGAGUCCGACCUCGACGAACAAGCGGACCCACCGUCGCCCGCGUGGACUUGCAAAAAAUGCACGCUGCUGAACGCGGCGUCGAGGACCACCUGCGAGGCCUGCGGCGGCUCCAAACUGAAGAGUAUCAUGCGUUUGGAAGAUGCGACGCUGCGGAAAGGCGAGAGUUGGGUCUGUCCGUCGUGCACCUUGAGGAAUCCGUUGUCUGCCCAGACUUGCAACGCCUGCAAAACAUUGGCUGAUUUCCUGGACGUACCUAAGGACACCAGAUUCUUCGGCUCGAGGAGCCCGAGUCCGCGGCUCUGCACCACUCCCGUCAAUUCGAAGGUCGUCACACCGAGGCACAGGAACUCCGUCAGAAGGAACGGCUCGUCGAUCGCCGAGAAGAGACACUCGAGGAUCAAGGACUCCGGCCACGGCCAAUGGCAAUGUAAGCUAUGCACGUACGAGAACAAGAGUACAAACGGGGUCUGCGAAAUGUGCGAAAUCUCGAAGAAUCUGUCUCAAUUAUCGGUUGAGAGACCAAGGAUAAUCGAGCCCGGGAUAAACACGCUCACAAUGCAACGGCAGGAGAGCGUGGUUAUGGAAAACCUGAGGCAGCUGGAGGAAAGGGAGGCGUUGGAGAAAUGGGAACGAAUCGUUCGUUAUUGCAAAGAGACGAACGAACCGUUCGUGGACGAUUCGUUUCCACCGGCUCCGAAGUCGUUAUACUACAACCCGGCUGAGACGAAGGACAACCACGUGGUGCAAUGGAGAAGGCCUCAUCAGAUAAAUGUCGACUCGAGCGUUGACACGAAACUGCCCUGGGCCGUGUUCAGGAAACCGUUGCCCUCCGACAUCUCCCAAGGCGUGCUAGGGAACUGCUGGUUGCUCUCGGCGUUGGCCGUGUUAGCAGAGAGCGACGAACUCGUCAAGAGGGUAUUAGUGAUGAGGGAAACCUGUCCGGAAGGCGCUUACCAAGUGAGAUUGUGCAAGGACGGGAAGUGGACCACGGUCCUGGUCGACGACCUGUUACCCUGUGAUAAAAGAGGCCAUCUAGUGUAUUCCCAGGCGAAGAGAAAACAGCUUUGGGUGCCGUUAAUCGAGAAAGCCGUGGCGAAGAUCCACGGGUGCUACGAGGCUCUGGUGUCCGGACGCGCGAUAGAAGGUCUGGCGACGCUAACCGGUGCUCCCUGCGAGAGUGUGCCUUUACAGCCAUCCGCCUUGCCCAGCGAGGACGAACUCGACAAGGAUCUAAUUUGGGCUCAACUUCUGUCCUCGAGACAGGCCAUGUUUCUAAUGGGUGCUAGCUGCGGCGGUGGCAACAUGAAAGUCGACGAGGAGGAGUACCAACGAAAAGGUUUGAGACCAAGGCAUGCUUAUUCCGUUCUCGAUGUGCGGGAUGUACAGGGAAUACGAUUGCUGCGAUUGCGAAAUCCGUGGGGCCACUACAGUUGGAAGGGUGAUUGGUCGGACGACAGUCCGAUAUGGACGCCGCAGCUCCGUGAGAUGCUGAUGCCACACGGCGCGUCCGAUGGCGUUUUCUGGAUCUCGUUCGACGACGUGUUAAAGUACUUCGAUUGCAUCGAUAUUUGUAAAACGAGGGUCGGGUGGAGCGAGGUCCGACUACGCGGCACCCUGCCACCGCUCUCCUCCCUGAGACACUUGUCCUGCGUGCUUUUAACGGUACUAGAACCCACCGAGACCGAGUUCACGUUGUUUCAAGAAGGACAAAGGAAUUCCGAGAAAUCGCAACGUUCACAGUUGGACCUGUGCGUGGUCGUAUUUCGUACGCGUUCACCAGCGGCGCCGGAAGUGGGACGUUUAGUCGAGCAUAGUAAGCGACAAGUACGUGGAUUUGUUGGGUGUCACAAAAUGCUUGAGAGGGAUUUGUAUAUUGUUGUAUGUUUGGCAUUUAAUCAUUGGCACACAGGAAUGGAAGAUACUUCCAGUUAUCCUGAAUACGUUCUUGCCAUUCACAGUUCAAAGAGACUUUUAGUUGAACAAAUAUCCCCGCCGGCGUUCGUCUUAGCCGAUGCCAUAAUUAGUUUAACGUUAGCCAAGGGACAGCGACACGAGGGAAGAGAGGGGAUGACUGCUUAUUACCUGACUAAGGGUUGGGCCGGACUGGUAGUGAUGGUAGAAAAUCGUCAUGUAAAUAAGUGGAUCCACGUUAAAUGUGACUGCCAUGAAAGCUAUAACGUCGUGUCCACGCGAGGACAACUCAGAACUGCCGAUAGUGUUCCCCCGCUUCACAGACAAGUCAUCAUAGUUUUAACACAGUUGGAGGGUAGUGGAGGUUUCUCGAUAGCACAUCGACUCACGCACAGACUAGCGAACAGCGGUAACCUACACGAUUGGGGUCCACCGGACACCCAGCAUUGUCCCCAGAUCGACACCCAAGUCGAGGGCCUGCACAGUCCCCGUUUGAUUACGUGAACAAACAAAAACUAGGACAAUGUUUAAAAAAAAGAAAACGUAUCUCGUUUUUUUGUCAAG